AUGCGUACCCGAUUCCAAUGCGUUAACCUACCUCUCCUCCUCCCCCUCCUCCCUCUCGCGCUCGCCACCACUACCACUUCCGCCAUGACUGCCUCUUCCAUGUCCUCGACUGCGUCGUCGUCGUCCGCAAUGGCCUCUAGCACCUCUGCGCCCAUGGGGUCCACAGCGCAGAACGCGACAUACCUGUCCGGGUUGCUCGCGGUCCUGAACACUCUCAACCUCGGCGCGCUGGUGAACGCGACCCAGCAGGUCAACCAGUCCGAUACGGGUAGCGAGUUGCUCGCCGCCCUGAGCGAAAAUGCGCAGAACAGACAGUUGACUUUGUUUGCCCCGACCAAUGAGGCCUUCGCAGGUGUCGCCUCGAACAUCUCCUCUUCAACCUCCCUCCUCGCCGACACCCUUGCGUACCAUGUCGUCUACGGCAAUUUCACCAAUAUGACGCAGUCGUACCCCAACACGACUGUAGGAAGGACCAUGUUGAACGACAUGAGCCUGGUCAUGCUUGAGGGGGGGAAGAGUCAGGUUGUUGCCUGGAGUCGGAUGAGUGACGGUAACAUUACGGUUCUCAACCAGAACACUCCUGUUACUGUGAUUCAGCAGUCGUCUUACGAGAAUCUGCACAUCAAUGUGGUCGACGCCGUCAUUGACAUCCCGGGGUCCCUCCAGGCCGCAUUGGCGAGCAACAACCUGUCCUCGUUGAACACUGUUCUGUCGAAUGUCCAGAGUUCAAAUGGUCAGGGGAGUUUACUGAGUGUCUUGAACGAUAACACGAAGGGGUUCACGCUAUUUGCUCCCACCGACGCGGCGCUUGCUGCUGCCCAGGGCCAGCUCAGUUCGCUCAUGAACGACCAGCAGAGCUUGAUGAAUUUGUUAGGCAAUCAUAUCAUCAACGGGACGUCGGCCUACGGCUCGUCUCUCAUGGCGGCGAACCAUACCUCUGCUUCUGGGGAAUCGCUGGACUUCGUGGCGAACAGCACUGGUUCGUACGUGUUCAGCAGUAACACGAGCGUUGCAGCUAUGGUGACCAAACCUGACGUUAUCCUGAGGAAUGGUGUGAUGCACAUUAUCGACGCUGUUCUCUUGGAUACGAACAGUGACCAAGGAGCUGCUAGUUCCGCCUACGCAUCCGCGACUUCCGUGGCAGCCCAAUCGACUACGGAGACUGGACCUGUGGGAAGUACGCAAACCUCCUCGUCGUCAGGCAGUGGUGGUAGCGGGAGUGGGAGCGGAAGUGGAAGUGGCAACGGGAGUGGUAGCAGCAGCGGCGCGGCGGGGACGACGGCAGGGUUGGGUGGUGUGUUGGGUGCCGUAGUGGUCGGUGCGGUGGGUACUUUGGCCGGCAUCUUGUAG